AUGAUACUGUUCCGCAAAUUUCGCGUACUGAUUCUCAUGGUUUUUCUCGUUGCGUGCACCAUGCAUAUUAUGAUUGACUUGUUACCAAAACUAGAGAAACGAGCUACUGGUCCUAACUCUGGUAACGGAGGCUGCUCAUGCUCUCACAACCCCAGCGAAGAGCCUCGGAACUGGGCGAAACAGCGAGCAAGGUCGGCAGCAGAACCGGGUUGGCCUAAUAAGCACACUUUAAGAAUACUGCAAGAUUUCAGCAAUGAGCCGAAUUCAAAUCUCUCCUCUCAUUCUCUGGAAAAGGUCAUCAAUACGGGUGACAAAGCCGAGUCGUUUAAGCGAAUAAAACAAUUUGCACCCAACGCCGAUGGUCAGAAAACCCUCAUUAAGGAUACGAGGGACGGCAGAACACAACCUGUUCAAACUGUUUCCAGACUGUCGGCUCUAUUCGAGCAUCCCUUAUACAAAACAGAUCUGCCGCCGCUUACAGAUGAUGAUACCUUGUUCAACGUCAAUACUGACAUUAGAUUCUACCCCAAAGCAGCGGGGAAUCAAGAAUGGCACAAUGAAGGGAAUGAGGAAGACGAAGAGUAUAAUCCGACCGGGGAGGCCACAGCUGAGUCAUACCCAAACUGGUUACGUUUCCACAUCGGAAUAACCCGCUAUGAACUCUACUCUCGUCACAACCCUGUCAUAGACGCUCUACUCAAAGACCUUGUUUCUCAGAGUAUCACCAGUGUAGCUAUGAAGUCAGGUGGAACUCAGCUGAAACUCAUCAUGACCUUCCAAAACUAUGGACAGGCUCUGUUUAAGCCCAUGAAGCAAACCAGGGAGCAGGAGACUCCGCCUGACUUCUUCUACUUCUCCGACUUUGAGAGACACAACGCUGAGAUUGCAGCGUUUCAUCUGGACAGAAUUUUGGAUUUCCGCCGGGUGCCUCCAGUGGCAGGAAGGCUUGUCAACAUGACAAGGGAGAUCCGUGAUGUGACCCGUGACAAAAAGCUCUGGCGGACAUUCUUCAUAUCCCCAGCCAACAACAUCUGCUUCUAUGGUGAAUGCUCCUACUACUGCUCCACGGAGCAUGCGUUGUGUGGAAAGCCUGACCAGAUUGAGGGUUCUCUGGCUGCCUUUCUCCCAGACCUGGCCCUAGCCAAGCGUAAAACCUGGAGGAAUCCAUGGCGUCGUUCCUACCACAAGCGCAAGAAAGCAGAGUGGGAGGUGGAUCCAGAUUACUGUGACGAAGUUAAACAGACUCCUCCGUAUGACCGUGGCUCACGUCUUUUGGACAUCAUGGAUAUGACGAUCUUUGACUUCCUAAUGGGCAACAUGGACCGUCAUCAUUAUGAGACCUUUGAAAAGUUUGGUAAUGACACAUUUAUCAUCCAUCUGGACAACGGGAGAGGGUUUGGGAAACACUCUCAUGACGAAAUCUCCAUUCUUGUCCCUCUAAGCCAGUGCUGCAGGGUAAAACGGUCCACCUACUUGAGGCUGCAGCUGCUGGCUAAGGAGGACUAUAAACUGAGCUCUCUGAUGGAGGAGUCUUUGCGAAGGGACCGGCUGGCCCCCAUCCUAAUCCAGCCCCACCUGGAGGCCAUGGAUCGCCGACUGCGCCUGGUGCUCAAAGUGUUGGCUGACUGCGUGGAGAAGGAAGGUUAUUCUGCUGUGGUAGAAGAUGACCUGGACGGCCAGCCGGCCUCACACCAAAGACCCGGAGGGAGGUAG